UACAAGAGUGUGGAUGACGAAUCUGAAGAAUCCGAAGAAAGUGAUGAAGAAGACGAAUUAAGGCUAAACGUGGAAAAAAUUGAGUUCGAAGAAUACAUCAGUCAAGGUGAUAAGCCUUUCGUUUUUAAAACAAUGAACAUUUCUUCGUUAUUUGAGUCGUAUCGGUCAAAAGCGUUAGCUCGUGCGCAAAAUUCGGGCUUGCUAAUAACGAAAAAUUACCACGAAAUAUUAUGGAAUAACUAUUCAGAAACACAAGUGAAAACGUUCUCUAGGGAAACGCUCAAAGAUCUUAGAAAGGAUAUUAAAUCAAAGUUAAUCGGAAAAGAAAAAGUAACAAGGGACGUAAAAUCAAUCCUACAAGAGUAUGUCGAGGUUGCUCUUGACGAUAAUGAUGGUGGAUUACACGAACUUCGCGAAAUCAUCACUGAGUCUUUUUCGAAAACAUUUAAUUCAACAACAGAGAAAGAAUUUUUUCGACGAAUGAGGUUUCUCUUUGAACAUCUGUCUUAUACUAUUCCAUUACAUUCAUUGAAAGAAAUUAUAAGCGAAGGGACACUUGUGGCAAAUAUAAUAAGUCCAGUGUUACGAAUUUUUUUUCAUGACUCAUACAUAUAUCCUACGAUUUGGCCGAACACAUCCAGCACCAGCGCAAAGAUCCGAAAACUUGCCAUCGGUGAUCCUUCCCGGGCUAAACAACCCGAUAUGAUCGGGAAAAUUGUCAAUAAUGGAAGAUUUGUUUAUGAAACGAUGUUUGGAGAGGUGAUGGGUGAGGGUAAGAAUAAUACGGAAAAAAAGAAUCUAAUCGAUCUAAUUAGGUUGGGAAUAUUCAUGAAAGAUGCAUUGGAUAAUAUUUUGCCUAAGACUGGUGUUAAUCGGAUCUUCGCUUGGCAAGUUAUUGUGACAAAAUGGACCGGUUAUAUUAUGACUUUAAUUAGUCCUGGAAUUUAUGUCAUGAUAGAUACUGUGCUAGCAUAUGAAAGAACAAUAAAGGAUAUCCUUUCAAUUAUCGAUAAGAAUGAAAAAUUCGAAAAUGAUGAUAAAUUUAAAGGAUGGCGUCGAUCAACACUUGGAACACCAGC